AUGUCGGAAACUAUCUCCCUCGGAACCUACUUGUUUGAAAGACUCCACCAGAAACCAUUGGACUUGGGAUCAAUCUUCGGAGUUCCCGGUGACUUCAAUUUGACUCUUCUUGAUAAGAUCGACGAGGUUGAUGGCUUGGAAUGGCGUGGCUGUGCCAACGAAUUGAAUGCUGCUUAUGCUUGUGAUGGCUACUCCAGAGUCAAAGGUGCCUCUGCCGGUGGUGAAGGUAUUGGUUUCGCAGCAUUAGUGACGACCUUCGGUGUCGGAGAGUUGAGUGCACUCAACGGAGUUGCUGGAUCGUUCGCCGAGCAUGUUGGAAUGCUUCAUAUCGUCGGAAUCCCUUCUUUGGACUCACAGAAGAAGCAAUUGUUGUUGCACCACACCUUGGGUAACGGCGAUUUCUCCGUCUUCCACAGAAUGUCUAAGAACAUCUCCCAAACCACUGGCGUCCUCAGCGACCCUGAAACGGCUGCUGACACCAUCGACAGGGUCAUUGAACAGGCUUUUAUCAACCAGAGACCCAGCUACUUGGCCUUCCCUGCCAACAUGGUUAAUGUGGAAGUCCCCAAGGAGAGAUUGAACACACCUUUGAACUUGAACGUUCCUGAGAACGAUCCGGAUGCACAGGAAGAGGUGUUGGAGACUGUAAUUGACAUGAUCAAGAACGCGAAGAAUCCCGUGAUUAUCGUUGACGCCUGUUGCGCUCGUCACAAUGCCAGUAAAGAGGCCAACGAGCUUAUUAAACUCACCAACUUCAAGUAUGCCAUUACUCCAAUGGCCAAGGGUACUCGCUACAUCGAAGAGGAAAAUGACAGAUUUGCAGGUGUCUAUGUGGGUAGUUUGUCGUACCCAGAGGUGAAGAGCUCGGUUGAGGGUUCCGAUUUAGUACUUUCAUGUGGCGCUAUGCUAAGUGACUUCAACACUGGUUCGUUUUCCUACUCAUUUCAAACCAAAAACGUCGUCGAGUUCCACUCAGACUACACAAAGAUCAGAAAUGCCAACUACCCUAACGUUAGAAUGAAGGAGCUUUUGCUGAAAUUGGUGAGCUCCAGUGCCUUGAAAUCCGCUGUUGCCAACUACAAACCUGAAAAGUUGAACAAGGAUCCAGUCGAGAAGAACGACCUCUCAAAUGAGUCCAAUAUCACCCAGCUGUACUUGUGGUCUCGUUUGUCUGGUUUCUUGAAGGAGGGCGACGUUGUGGUUACUGAAACCGGAACUUCAUCGUUUGGAAUUGUUCAAACCAAGUAUCCAAACAACACCUUGGGUAUUUCACAAGUUCUUUGGGGAUCAAUUGGUUACUCUGUGGGUUCAGCAUUUGGUGCCGUCAUGGCUGCUGAGGAGCAGAACCCACCCAGAAGAGUGCUUCUCUUUGUGGGUGAUGGUUCAUUGCAAUUAACAUGCCAGGAAAUCUCAUCUAUGGUUCGUUUCGGCAAGAGGCCAUAUCUUUUCGUUUUGAAUAACGCAGGUUACACCAUUGAGAAAUUGAUUCACGGAGAGCACGCUGAGUAUAACCAGAUCCAGCCUUGGAACCACCAAGUGAUGUUGGAGUUCUUCGGUGCCAAAAAAUCCGAGACCCACCGUGUCCAAAAGGUUGGCGAGCUCGAGAAGUUGUUCAAGGAUGAGAAGUUUGCCAAGAAUGACACCAUUAGAUUGGUGGAGAUCAUGCUUGAGGAGAUGGAUGCACCAACCAACCUUGUGCUCCAGGCAAAGAUGUCUGAAAAGGCUAACGCUGAGCAGUAA